AUGGAUGCCCCAGGACAAGAUCAACGCCCCAGGGCAGUCGUAUUCAUGGAAAACUACGAGGCACCUCAGAAUGUACCGCGAGAGCUAGGUGGCAAACAGAUAUUUCCUCGGGCUAUGGCGGGUGAGAGAGGCUGGGCUUUCCGAUCCCUCCCCGUCACCGGAAGCAUGGGAGCUUCCGUCCAUUGGAUCUGGGUAGUCGUUUCUAUCGGGGGUGCGACAAGGCGCGGCUGGAUGCCGCAAGGGUCACUGAAGCCCGGUGAGUUCCUAUGUGACUCCAUGCCCAUCGAGAUUCCAAUGCAGAAGAUGCAUCAGCCUCCUCUCCAAGAGACGACCUCCCAACAGAAAGACACUGUGUUGUAUCGAACCCUGCAAGGUAUCUGGGAAGGCAUACGUAACAACCGAGAUACAUUUCUUGCACCCAUUGCCAGUCAAGAAGACAUCAGUCUCGCGGAGCUGACUCUUUAUGGAACAGGGGGUAGUGGGUAUGCCGACCUACUCUACAGGUCUAUCUCCCCCCAGCUUCGGAACAUCAUGGAUCAGGGUCACUUCAAUCCCCGGGAGUUUCUCGACCCAAGCAAAGCUGUCCGGCAGAUGACUUCGUCGUGGCCGAGCGACGACUACGCCGUCAUCUACCUCAUGGUAUCGGACGGCGUCCAACAUGGCAUCAAGAAUCUGGUCAAUCCACCGGCGCAGAAUGACCUGGCCAUCUACGCAGGUCAAGGGGCAAAUGGUCCCAACCGCUGCUUGACUGGUGGAUCAAGCUGCCAUCAGUGGCUUCUAACGCAUCCGGAGCUGAGGCAUGGCAAUUGCGUCAAAUACAAGAUCGCAAGAACAGGCAAAAAUACUGUCUGGAUCCCAUUCAUGUUGAUCAAAAAGUCGAACAACGAGCUCCACGGCCUGGGUUGGGAGAACCUCCUUCACGUGGCCGAGCUGACGACCGUCAUUCUACUGAAGACGUGGAACCCCCUCGUUCUGAAAACCGUGAACCCCCAUCAGAUGGGUAGCUAUGCACGGGAUUACGAGUCAGCCUCUAUAUUCAGGGGGCUCAUCGACGAAGUGUCUGAGAGGACUGGCUAG